GAAAUCGAUUAUUUCGAGCAAAUCUUCGAUUCUGGAAGGCAAUCGGAAUCCAUUUUUCCAUUUUCAGUUUGACGCUUUUUGUUGAUUUGUUAAUUAUGCAAGAGCAUGUUUACAAAUUUUUGUAUAAUACCCUUUACAAACUGUAAGAUUUGAUCAUAGGGUUCAAUUACAAAAUGAAUCGAGUUUGGUCAGCAAAGUGGAUGAGUGCUCAAAAUGUACGUUUGUUGUAUACCAAAGGUUUGGGAAAAUGGCCUUUGAACAGCUUGGUGGAAUUGAAUAGAAAUUAUUCCCUUUUACUAAAAAUUUCGAUAGAAACGAAUAUAUGCGACCUGAUGAAACAAAAUAUUUUUGGAAACCCAUUCAUCCGUUCCCAUUCGACAAUAAGUGAAGCGAUUAGAAAAAAAAAGAAACGUGUGGUUAAACCUCGCUAUUCCAAAUAUGUUGAGCUCCUGGAAGUUACCGACAUAUCAGCCAAUGAGCGAAAAUCGCGGGUGAAACGACUGAGAGCGAAGAAAUUGCAAGAGUUCAUUGCAAAAACACAAGCUCAAAUAAUAGAAAAGCGCCAUAAAGAAGAGAAACUGGUGAAGAAUAAAACAAUCGUUGCAAAUGUGUUAGAGAACGUUGCACCGGCUUAUCUUAAAAUAAAAUCCGGACCAACAAUCUACAAACAAAUCGACAUAGAUGAAAUGGAUCGUACAAUUUUGGAAUCGGGAAUUUAUGAUGAUAAACCAAUUAUUUUUGUUGGCAAAGAGGAGUACAUUAAACGUGCUUUAAAUAAUGCAGAGGAUAUUAAGGAUAUCAUAAUGAGUUACAAUAAUUACCGAGACAUUAUCGAAAGUGCGGCAAACGAACGCCAAGAUUCCUUUGAAACCCCAAUCGAGUCAUACAGCUGCCAUGUCGUAAAAGAACAUGAUGCCGAAGACUUACUGGAUCCUUUAGUGGCUAAUGAGCCUCAUGUUUCAUCUCCAAAUCGUGAGCUAAAUGCAAUAAAACUUAAAAUUGUAGAAAAAGUUGAAGCUGAAGCUCAAGCUGUUGCCGUCACAAAAUCUAACACAAGGUUCAAGUCGAAAAUCCAUAACAGUGAAGAACAAGAGCGAUUUGCAAAAGAAAAAGCACUUCGAAUUAACCUGGAGUCAUACCUUAACGUUUGUGUUUCGGCGGGUAUGGUCCACCGUGGUAUUUCUACAUUGAUAGCAUAUAGACAAAGGGCUAAGAAGAAGUCUGAAACUCGCAGCCUCAUUACAAUUGAUUUUUACAACAUUCUGCUCCACGGCUUAGGAGAAAACGGUUCCUUUGAACGAUUUAAAGACCUUUUCGCGUUAAUCGAAGAAGAUCAAUUGAGAUUUAAUGAACAAACAUUUGCCGCUAUAUUCGAAUGUCUAGGACGCUUAGUUUCUACAGAGGAAAAUAUCAAGGAAAUUAAAAAGUUCGCGCGAAUGGCAGAAAAAAAUGGCAUAACUUUAAAUCAAAUAAUGGAUCGAUCAAUAUUUACUGGUGAUCAAAGAGACGUUGUAAUGGAUGCUAUACGACGCAUUAAACCAGAUUUUUCUCCCAUAUAUACGCCACCAGCACUAAGUUACAAUAAUAAGCUUCUUGAUAAUAUAAAUGAGAACAUUUUGCCAAUAGGUAUACGAGUACAUGACACAAGCCCUGCGGGAUUGCCACCACACUCAAAUAUAAUGAAAUCGAAACAUGGAUAUAAUAAAAAUGAGCUGGAAAAAAUGGCUCGCGAGCAAUUAAAAUUUGAAUUGAAUGGAUCCAUUACAAUCAAAUCAAUUGAAAAGUCAAACGAAUUUGCAAAUGCUGAAUAUUGCCGUGAAAAACUUACCGAGCUUGAAGAACUUUGGCGUACACAAAUUAAUGCUGCCAUUAUCCGAGACCUAAACACAUUACGAGCUCAAAUUCGAUUUAAACCGAAUGGCUUCAUGAACUACUAUACAUACCUCAAAGUCUUGGAUACAUCUAUAUAUACUGAUAUAUUGAUAAAAGAGAUUUAUAAAUUGGCGGAAGGAUCGGAAACUUUUAGUCCAACAGUAGGACAACUUUAUAGAGAACUAGGCCAGAAAGUACAGCAAAGAUAUCAAGUUGAGAUGAAAAAGAAAAAUGGGAUAUUGGAAAAAAUUGGAGAAAUAUACAGUUCAUAUUGUGAUUUAUGGGAAGAGGCGAGUACAAACGACAAUCCUCGGCAAAUGUGGCAAAGACUUGUUCAUGAGCAACGUGCUAGUGGACCGAGUAUAGAUGUUAAAUAUGUUAGUUGGCCUGUCAAUGUACAGUCAGGAGUUGGUCGUUUUCUUUAUAAUAUUUUAAUGCGUGAUAUAAAAAUAGAUGCGCACAUCAUGCGACAAAAAGGAAAGAGUAAACAACAAAAUGUUUUACCCGCUUUUUAUACGCUUUUUCGAAACCAAGGACGCCUGGUAAAAGAGGAAGUAAAACCUCAUCCAGUGUUGGCAAGAUUGUUGCGUACCUCUCGUCAGCAGACAUUAACAUUUGAUUCAAACCUUGUUCCAAUGCUUUGCCCUCCGCAACCCUGGAGUACGCCAAAUAAUGGCGGCUAUUUAUUACAUAAAUCGGAUCUGAUCCGUUUGCCGCACCAGGCAGUACAGCAAUGGGAACGUAUAAACUCUGUCAUCCCGCAACACAUCUAUCCAGCACUUGAUUCUUUGAAUCAACUGUCGAGUGUAGGUUGGCGCGUUAACACCGAAGUACUUGAUGUUGUUAUAAAAGUAUUUCAAAAUGGUGGCGACGAGAAAUUAGAUGUUCCUCGGCCGCCGAGCUGUUUACCACCCUUAUCUUCCAUACAUGACGAAAGUCCUGCUUUAACAACUGCUGAACGCUCGAAGCGAUUUAAAGACAGAUUAGCGCAUCGACGAAAACAAGGAGAGAUGUACAGUUUAUGGUGUGACACAUUAUACCGGCUUUCUUUGGCAAAUUAUUAUCGCAAUCGUGUAUUUUGGCUGCCUCAUAACAUGGACUUUCGUGGACGGGUUUAUCCCAUACCACCUCAUCUUAAUCAUUUAGGAUCUGACUUGGCACGGUCUAUGCUUGUUUUUGAUCAUGCAAAACCGCUUGGACGGAAUGGUUUUAACUGGCUUAAACUACAUUGUAUUAACUUAACUGGUUUAAAGAAACGGGAUUCAGUGCGUGAAAGAUUAUUUUAUGCCGAAGAAAUAAUGGAUGAAAUUCUUGAUUCAGCUGAUAAUCCAUUGAAAGGAAAUAUGUGGUGGGUAAAAUCAGAUGAACCAUGGCAAACACUAGCUUGCUGUAUGGAGAUAGCUAAAGUUCAACGUUCAAAUAGUCCUGAAGGUUUCCUUAGUCGUUUUCCGAUUCAUCAAGAUGGUUCUUGCAAUGGACUGCAACACUACGCGGCCCUAGGACGCGAUGAAGCUGGAGCAAAGAGUGUUAACUUAGCGCCGUCACCUUUGCCACAAGACGUUUACAGUGCUGUUGCCACACUUGUCGAGAAAUCUCGAAAAUCAGAUGCUGCGCAUGGAAUACAGGUAGCGCAUGCCUUAGAAGGUUUUGUCUGUCGCAAGGUUAUUAAACAAACCGUAAUGACUACGGUGUACGGUGUUACACGCUAUGGCGCAAGACUACAAAUUGCUCGUCAGUUAAAAGAUAUUGAAAGCUUUCCUAAAGACUGGGUAUGGCCUGCCUCAACGUAUUUGACGUCAAAAACUUUUGAAAGCUUGCGAGAGAUGUUUACCUCAACACGUGAAAUACAAGAUUGGUUUACGGAAUGCGCCCGGCUAAUAUCAGGCGUUUGUGGGAAAAAUGUAGAGUGGAUAACACCACUUGGUCUUCCUAUCGUGCAGCCAUAUAACCGACAUGAUCUUAAGCAUGCUGUUCGCACAGGCGCCCGAAUAUCGGAAACUAUGGCAAUGGAUAUGUACGAAAAACCCAAUGUUAUGAAACAAAAAAAUGCAUUCCCGCCGAACUUCAUACAUUCACUGGAUUCGUCUCAUAUGAUGCUCACAUCACUCUUUUGUGAGCAAAAAGGGCUUACUUUUGUCUCCGUACACGACUGUUUUUGGACUCAUGCGUGCACUGUGCCUGAAAUGAAUAAAAUUUGCCGAGAGCAAUUUGUAUCUUUACACUCGCAACCUAUCAUUGAAAAUUUGUCUGCAUUUAUGAGAACUAAAUACAGUAUCAAAGAAUCGGAUAUGGUAAACGAUGGCUCAGCUGAUUACCUCUUAAAGCGCCGGCUUAAUCGAACCUUGGGAGAGAUGCCGAAAAAAGGACACUUUGAUUUACGAAAUGUAUUAAAUUCGGUAUACUUUUUUAGUUAAGUUCUAAAUCUUAUCUUGUCCCCUCGCAAUCUGCAUUGGAUAUUAAGAAUAAUAUAAAAGCAAUCGGAAAGGGUUUUCUAUACUUGCUAAAAUAAUUUUGUGUUAUGAACAUUGAAUGCAUGUGUGAUUGCGUUUUUAUCGUAAAUAUUAUAUGAACGAAAAUGUGCAAGCAAAUAAAUACUGUAACUCCUUGAGUCUUAUGAAUUAUUGAAUUUUAAUGUUAUAUGUACCACUAGUCAUUUAGUUUUUGCAUAGUGUGUUUUUUUAUUACAAUUUUCUUUCCAUGAUGAAAUUAAUUGAGACAAAAUUCACAAGAUUGAUAAUGAUGAAUAAAAGUUUUAUAACUAUUUCAUAAAAGUGAAAGGUGCGACAAUUGUCGAUUUCGGAGUCAGAAUUUUUCCUAUGAAACAGGAAACUCUUUGGAGCUAUUACCGAAAACUUCUGAUCCACAAAUUUAAAAAUAUAUACAAAAAUGGUACUCAUCUAAUCAUGUAAACUUACAAAAGUUAAAAGUUUACACACAGUGUUAAAUAAAAACACCUCAUUUAACAAAAUAUCAAACAUUUAUUAUUCUUUUCAAAUAAAUUAUAGCGCCUAUUGUAAAAAUGUUGAAUAUGUUCGACAAAAAUGAUAUUAAGUGUGGGCUCGAGUCGUAACAUCCGUUCACGAAUCAAAAACGAUACAAAAGAUACGUUAGUCGUUUAAGCUGAAUGGGACAAAUAGUACGCUCACGUAUGUCAUAAUCCGAAAAGUAUGUUUUUACGUGACGAGUAAUACGAUAUCGUUUGUGACGAUUUGAGCCUUGGUUUCAACAUUUUUCAUUUCGGGUCUUGGAUAUUUACAAGGUCUAGUUUGCCCAUCAAAAACAUUGUAAAAACAUGUAGUGUGCGUAAAUAAGUUUUCAUACAAUUUUUUAUGGACGGUUUACGAGUUUACUAACUUAUAUAACAUUUACUGUUUACGCGAGCACUGCAGCACACAUAUGUAUGUAUUUAAUUUACUUAAUUCUGUAGAGAACUUAAUAUGAAAUUGUAUCUGUGGAAUUUGUAUACCAUAAAUUUGUAUUUUGAAUUAUAUUUCGUGUGCGCACUAUGUAAGCAUUUCUUAGAAGGAGUUGACAACGCACGUCCUCCUCGCUCAUUACAAACUCGAUGUGU